UUACAGGGGACUUAGGCCGUGGUGGUCUAAUUAUAAUUUAUCUUGGAAGUAGGUUUUUUCCCUCAGAGCUUUCUUUUGGCUUUAGUUUUAAAGCCUGUAUUAACUGACAUCCUUUAAAUCUGAAAAAAGAAGGCAUGUGUAUUAGUUUUUUUUCAGCUGACAUUGUUGUUGUGGUUCUUGCUCCCAACCUAGUUCUCACUACUCCCCAAACAAGCCUCGUUGCUGUCAGAUGUGCUUCUAAGAAGACUGGGGGCAGCUCAAAAAAUUUAGGUGGCCGCAGCCCUGGGAAGCGCUACGGAUUCAAAAAAGUAGAAGGUGCAUUUGUGCAUGCAGGCAACAUUUUGGCUACGCAGCGGUUGAUACGCUGGCAUCCAGGAGCUCAUGUGGGGAUGGGCCGUAACAAGACACUCUACGCCCUGGAGGAUGGGAUCGUGAGAUACACCAAAGAGGUCUAUGUACCUCUGCCCCGCAGCAGUGAGAGCAGGGAAGUGAUCUGUCGUCUACCCAAAGGAGCCAUUCUUUAUAAAACCUUUAUCAAUGUUAUCCCUACCACAGAAGUAGGAAGCUUUAAACUGGUCACCAUGCUCUGAGCCUCCUGCAUCAUGCAGGGACGGACGGGAAGGAGCGGCUGGGACAGACCACUACAGCUGGACUAGCAUCCGAGGGCAAGAAUAUUCUAGCUCUGAAGACACCAGUUUAGGACUUUGUUUUCUUGCUCCUAAAGCACACGUGGUCAGCGUUCAGGCAUUGGGAUCACCUGCCAGCAUUUGUAAGAGCGUUUAAUAAAUGCUGGGGGGCUGCUGAAGGUCUUGACUGUUCA